AGGGAGCCAGAGGGAGGUGUUGUCAUCAUUUUUCCUAGUUAGGGGGGCGGCAUAACACAGGAGCGGCUCAGCAGCAGCCAUUGAAAGGCAAACAGUUUGGGAGAGCCUCCUUCUUGUUUAGAGGAAGAACCACACCGAGAGAGUGCACCAGAGUCUGAGACAAUUUAGCCGGGGCAUUAAGGGAUUGUCCCAGAGCCACGUACUUCAGAAAUAACGGCUACCGGGGUCACUAAGGAACUGUUAAGGGACGGCAGCGGCACACGGGUACUCAGCGCGACACUGAUCUGGAGAGGUUUCCUUGUGGACAAUAGGAGUGUUUACGGUCCGGGCUGGCAGUGGGUAACGGCCAACACACUACAGUGUCUCCGGGAUGGUGGCGGGUGGCCGACCGUGAGGAGAGAACUGUCUUGUCCGGUCCCGUUUCCCUCAGUAAGGACAGAUACAGAAACCUUCUUGUCCCAGAAUAGCUAUGGCUGGUUACAUUCCGGGGUUGCUACCGGCUAAUAUUACCCAGGAAAAAGAGUUUGUACAAGCUUACGAAAAUGUAUUGGAGCGUUACAAAGAUGAACGUGACAGAGUCCAGAAGAAAACUUUUACAAAGUGGGUCAACAAGCACCUGAUUAAGGUGCGGAAACAUAUUAAUGAUCUCUAUGAAGAUCUUCGAGAUGGGCAUAACCUGAUUUUGUUACUGGAAGUUCUUUCAGGUGUUAAACUGCCCCGUGAAAAAGGCAGGAUGAGGUUCCACAGGCUACAGAAUGUACAGAUUGCACUGGAUUUUUUGAAACAACGCCAGGUGAAACUGGUGAAUAUUCGUAAUGACGACAUCACAGAUGGGAACCCCAAGUUAACAUUAGGAUUAAUCUGGACCAUCAUUUUACAUUUCCAGAUUUCAGAUAUCUAUGUCAGUGGUGAAUCAGGAGACAUGUCUGCCAAAGAGAAGUUGUUACUGUGGACACAAAAGCUAACAAUGGGUUAUCCGGGCAUUAAGUGCACUAACUUCUCCUCAUGCUUUAGUGAUGGCAAAAUGUUCAAUGCAAUCCUGCAUAGAUACAGGCCAGAUCUGAUUGACAUGGAGAAGGUACAGAUACAGAGUAACCAGGAAAACCUUGAACAGGCUUUUGAAGUGGCAGAAAUGCUUGGCGUCACCCGGCUAUUAGAUGUUGAAGAUAUUGACGUCCCAUCUCCAGAUGAGAAAUCAGUAAUAACGUAUGUUUCAACUAUUUAUGAAUCUUUCCCAAAAAUACCCGAGGGGGCAGAGGGCAUCAGCGCCAUAGAUGUAGACUUGAAAUGGCAGGAAUAUAAGGAUCGGAUAGACUUCCUCAUUCAGUGGAUCAGGCAGCAUUCGAGGCUGAUGGCAGACAAAUCAUUCCCAUCAAACCCUGUGGAAUUAAAGGCACUGUAUAAUGAGUACGUCCAUUUCAAAGAGACAGAAAUUCCUGCUAAGGAAGAAGAAAAGAGUAAAAUUGAGCAUUUGUACAAAUUGCUUGAGGUCUGGAUAGAGUUUGGCCGCAUUAAGUUGCCUCAAGGCUAUCAUCCAAAUGAUGUGGAACAGGAGUGGGGGAGACUGAUUUUUAACAUGCUGGAAAGAGAAAAGGCUAUGCGGCCAGCAGUUGAGAGGCUGGAACUCUUGCUGCAGAUAGCCAACAAAAUUCAGAAUGGUGCCUUGAGCUGUGAAGAGAAGAUGACUGUGGCUCGUAAUACCCUUCAAGCUGAUGCUGCCCAGCUGGAAUCUGGGCAACCAGUUCAGUAUGAAACAGAAGUGGUUAUGUACCUGCAGGAAUGUGAGGGGCUAAUCCGCCAGCUUCAAGUUGACCUUCAGAUACUGCGAGAUGAGAAGUACUACCAGGUGGACCAGCUAGCCUUCAGAAUUGGGCGACUUCAGGAUGAGCUGCUGCCGCUGAGACUCGAAUGCAGUAACUUGUACAGAAAGGGACAUUUUUCGAACUCUGAACUGCUGAGACCGUCCAAUCUAAUUAGUUCUGAGUACCGGACAGAACGAAGCCUGGGUACAUUGCCCACUACCACCACUACAUCCUCUUCCUCAACACUCUGGUUUAGGAAACCCAUGACUAGGGCUGAGCUUGUGGCGCUUUCAUCGACUGAAGAUGAGGGCAACCUGCGCUUUGUCUACGAACUUCUUGCCUGGGUGGAGGAGACACAGAUGAAACUGGAACAAGCAGAAUGGGGCAGUGACCUUCCAAGCGUAGAAGCACAGCAUGAGACCCAUCAGUCUGUACAUAAUUCUGUAGAACAGCUAGAAUCUAGUCUCAAGGAAGCAAGGAUGUAUGAGAGCAAAAUGUCUUCAAACUUCCGGAGCAGCUAUACAGAGACACUAUGUAAACUGGAGAGUCAGUAUUACAAACUCUUGGAAACAUCUAGUUUACGUCUCCGCCACUUGAACAGCCUGCACAAGUUUGUGUCACACGCUACUGUGGAACUCAUCUGGCUCAACGAAAGGGAAGAAGAAGAGCUGGCCUAUGACUGGAGUGACAAUAAUCCCAACAUUGCAGCAAAAGAAGAGUCAUUCCUCGAACUCAGUAACGAACUGGACGAGAAAGAAGAUACAAUUAAGUCUUUGCAAGAGACUGCAGAGAUGCUGUCAUUGGAGAAUCACCCUGCCAAGCAGACAGUGGAGGCAUACAGUGCAGCAGUACAGACCCAGUGGAACUGGAUUAAGGAGCUAUGCCUCUGUGUUGACCAGCACAUUCGUGACAACACUGCUUACUUUCAGUUCUUUAGUGAUGCAAGGGAAUUGGAGUUGUAUUUACGUAACCUGCAGGACAGGAUUAAGAGGAAGUACGUCUGUGAUCGGGACAGCAGCCUUUCUCGACUAGAGGAUAACCUACAGGACUCCAUGGAUGAGAAGGAACAGCUAAUCCAGUCUAAGAGUUCUGUAGCAAGCCUUGUUGGUAGAGCAAAGACCAUAAUCCAGUUGAAGCCCAGGAAUCCAGAGAACGUGGUUACAGUCUCUCUCCCAAUCAAAGCCAUCUGCAACUAUAAGCAGAUUGAGAUCACAAUCUCCAAGAAUGAUGAAUGUGUCCUGGAAGAUAACUGUCAGCGCACCAAAUGGAAAGUGAUCAGUCCUACGGGCAAUGAGGCCAUGGUACCCUCUGUGUGCUUUGUUAUCCCUCCACCCAACAAGGAAGCUGUUGAAACUGCUGGCAGGAUUGAACAGCUGUAUCAGAAUGUAAUGUCACUCUGGCACCAGCAGCACAUUAACAUGAAGAGUGUUGUAUCAUGGAACUAUGUAUUGAAGGACUUGAAGACUGUGCAAGCCUGGAACGUGGACCUGCUCAAAUCUGUUUCACUUGCUGACCAGCAGCAGUCCAUGAGGAAUUUACAGGCUCAUUUUGAGGACUUUUUGGAAGACAGUAGGGAUUCCCAGGUGUUCUCCAUUGCUGAUCGAAUGCAGCUGGAAAGGGAUGUGGAGUCCUGCAAGGAGCACUACCAAAGCCUUAAAAAUACCAUGGAAACUGAAGCAAAAGAUGAGUCCUUGACCAGGACAUACGUCUCCCAGCUAAAGAACAUUCGCCUUCACCUGGAAGAGUGUGAGCAGAGGCUAGUAAGAAGAAUUCAGUCCUCAACAGGUGAUGACAAUGCCGAUCAAAAAAGUGCCUUCCGGAUUGCAGAACAAGAGCAUCUGCAAAAGGAGAUUGAAGGGUUGAAAUCUGAAAUUUCUGAUUUCUCAGAGAAGUGUCAAAGCUUCUUUUUUCAGUCACCCUCAGCAACCAGUGUUCCCAGUCUCCGCUCUGAACUUAAUCUAGCAGUGGAAAAGAUGGAUCAGAUUUAUGCACUUUCCUCUGUGUAUUUGGACAAGUUGAAGACUGUCGAUGUUGUACUACGGAAUGCCCAGGGAGUGGAGACCCUAGUAAAGACUUAUGAGAUGAAGCUGAAUCAGGAAGAACCAGUCCCGGCUGACCUGCAGGCAAUUCAGACUCAUCAGUCACUGUUGCAGAAAUGGUUAGGUGAAGUAAAGGAGAAGGAGACACUUUUCACCACAUUGGAAAUUGAGCUAAUGAAGGCCAAGACCAUUGGAGACCAACUUUCACAACUCAACAAUGAGCGAAAUAUUGACCUUGAGCGACAACAGGAGAGAGUAGGGCAGCUGAAAGAACGCUGGCAAAAUAUUCACAGUCAAAUUGAAACAAGACAUUCAGAACUAGAGAACAUUGAGGAGGCUCUCCACAACUACCGUUCCUGCCAUGGGUGGCUGAUGAAGUGGAUUGAAGAGACCAAAGCACAACAGGAGCAGAUGAAGCCAGGGCAGGGAGAAGAUAGUCGGGUGCUUUCAGAACAGCUAACCCAACAAACGGCUCUAGUCGCUGAAAUUGAGCAAAAUCAGUCAAAGCUGGAUGAGUGUCAGAAGUACUCUCAGCAGUAUUCAUCAUCUGUAAAGGAAUAUGAGAUGCAGCUAAUGAAAUAUCAGGCUUAUGUAGAGUCCCAACAGAAGUCUCCUGUUAAGCGUAGAAGAAUGCACUCUUCAUCGGAUUCCAUAACUCAAGAGUUUAUGGACCUACGUACCCGCUACACGGCUCUGGUGACACUGACAACACAACACGUUAAGUACAUAAGUGAUGCACUCCGGAGGUUAGAGGAGGAAGAGAAAGUGGUAGAAGAAGAGAAACAGGAGCAUGUGGGUAAGAUGAACGAACUUCUUGGAUGGGUGUCUGGUGUAGGGCAGGCUCUGCAACAGAAGGUUUUGGCAGUCAAGAAUGACCAAUCUGGAGAUCUUGAGAAAUCAUAUUCUGAACUACAGGUCUUCAAAGAUGAGCUGGAGUCAAAAAAGGAGUCUGUUGCAGAUGCCAUUCGAACAGCACAAAUAUUCUUAGCAAAACACGGUCACAAGAUGUCUGAAGAGGAGAAACAGCAAGUAACAGAACAGCUGAAUUCUCUUAAGGAUACAUAUGCACAGCUCUGUGGUGAGUCUGCAGAACAACUCCAGCAGUUGCAGAGCACGCUAACGGAACAGGCAGAGCGGAAGAGCACACAGUUGAUUGCAGGUAUUGUAGACCUGGGAACAGUGGAGGUGUUUCCAGUCUUCCAAGCCAUGCAGAAAGGGCUCCUAGAUCAACACACAGGUCUUGUGCUUCUGGAAGCUCAGGUUGCUACAUGUGGGCUGAUUAUUCCAGAGACUGAAGAAGUGCUGUCAGUGGAGGAAGCACUGCAGAGAAGCAUCAUCGAUAGGAGGACAGCUCAGCUUCUCGAGAAACUUCAGUGUGCCCGCAGACUGGUGGAGAAAACAGAUUUCAAAAACAAGCAGCUUCUGCCAGUUAUUGCUGCAAUGGAAGAGGGCCAAAUUUCUGAGCAUGCUGGUCUGAAAAUUCUUGAGGCACAGCUUGCUGCUGGAGGGCUGUGCAUUUCACCAAAGGGCGGCAAAAUGAACCUGAAAGAUGCUUUUCGUAAAGGUUUUAUAACUGAAGUGGUGUGGUCAAAGUUGCAGGCACAGAAGCAAUUACGACGGGAACUAAUCGAUCCCAAUACAGCUGAAAAACUCAGUCUAUUAGAUUUAACCCAGAGAGGUACAGUCAGCCAUGAGUCACAGUUCAGAUUGCUUCCUGUUAAGCAAAAUGCAGGAGGGAUAAUAUGUCUUAAGUCGGGCAAGAAGGUAAGCAUUUUUCGAGCAGUUCAGGAGGGCCUUAUAGACAAGGAAAUCACUGUUAGGCUGUUAGAGGCCCAGCUUUUUGCUGGUGGUAUAGUAGACCCAAAGACAGGUCACAGGCUUACAGUAGAUGAAGCAGUGAGACACAGCUUGAUUGAUCAAGAUAUGGCCUGUGCUGUAUUUCUGAGACAGCUUCAGACAGGUGGGAUUAUUGAUUCUUAUACUGGCCAGCGAUUAACCUUGGAUGAAGCUGUGAAGCGAGACUUGCUUGCACCCAAAGUAGCCUUGGUGAUUUUGGACUCUCUGUGGUCAUUUAUGGGUCUUCUAUGGCCAGAAUCAGGGGAAAUUUUUCCAGUUGCAGAUGCCCUUAAUCAUGGCAUGGUCUCUUCAGAGCUAGCACACAAAAUUUUGAAAAACAGGAAGCAGAUCAGGGAACUGUAUGUUCCAGAAACUACUGAAGUAUUACCAUGGAUGACAGCUGUAGAACAUGGAAUUGUGCACAAUGAAGUCGCUAAGUACUUAAGUUCUGUUUUUAUACCUGAUGUGAUGCCCUGCACGAAGGUAACAGACUCUCCGACUCUGGGCAGAAUGAGCUGGAACUCUUGGGAUCAUGAGGAAGAAUUUUCAGGAAUUGACAGCAUGGAAUCUAAACCAGCCUGUCAUCAAAAACUUUUGUUUCAGUUAAUGACAAAUAGCUAUGUAAAUGCUCACAGUGGUCACAGGCUGCUUGUUGUGGAUGGUAGUCUAAACGAGAGUAUUUUAAAGUUUAUAGAAACAGAAGAAAGUGAAUUUUAUUCCAGAGGUUUCCAUGAGGAGGUGGAUGAACAUUAUACAGACAUCUGUGUGGAGAUAAAGGUCACUGAGGAAGUUAAAUAUGCAAAAAAUAAAGCUUCAAGCAGUAAAGAUAAAGAGGAAGACAAAAACAAUAGCCAGUGUCAACAUGCAUUACUAAUACAAAAAGAAUCAUUGAAUGUUCAGAAGACUGUUGAUGGUAGUUGCAAACCAGCACAUGUGAUCCUGGAGUCUAUACAUAGUCAGUUAGAUGAUGUAGGAGAUGGUAUGAGAGAUGUGAGAAGUAAAGUAGGCCUGGACAGUAUUAGUGUGUAUAAAUCGGAUGUCUUUAGUAAAAAGCAAGACAAAAGACAAAGUGGAAGUGAAGGUGAAAGUCAGAAGGAAGUGCUGAACGAGUCUUAUGUUAUACCCAAACACAUAUCAUCAGGAAGUUAUAAGAAUGGAGAUUUUAAUUUUAAACAGGAUGAGUUAGUCAGUGCGAUAAAACCUGAGAAUCCAUCUGAAAAGAGCAAUAUAUGCUCUUUAUCUGCAGUUUAUAAAAAGCAGCCUUCUGUAACAGAAACAAAUUCAGGAGUGCAUCUCUUUGUACAUUCCAGUAUAGAAGUACCUUCCAAUGAGAAAACUGCAGCAGAUGAAAAAUACAGCAUGAGAAUCCAUGAUCUUCCAGUGUCUGUACUAAAGUCUGAUGUAAGGUUUUCAUCUCUAAGUCAUGUACAGCAGCCAGCUGUAGAAAAGAUGCAGGAAGGUGAACUGCAGAACUCUGUAACCAAGGAAUGCAGUGUUACAGCCACUGAAGUUACAUUGCUUAAAGGUCAAACACAGUUAGGUUGCCCAGAAAACACCUUAUAUUCAUCAUCAGUUGUUGCUGUGGAAGGACAUGUAUUAAUGCAGAAGCUUCCAGUUUCUAUAACAGACAUUGGUAAAGUAGUUCACGUUUAUGAAACCGAACCUAAUAGUGUAAAUGUACACGAAGAAGUUCUGCAAAGGUUUCAUGUACCCAGGCAGGAAAACAUUAAUCUGAGUAAUAGAACAUUUACAGAAUCUGAUGGAGGUGCUCAGGAACGUACACCUCUUACCGAAAGUUACAGUGGAGGUAUUUCAGAAUUUUAUAAAAUGCAACCUGUUUUGGCAAAAGCUGAAGUUCUGCCUCAUAUCAAUCCUUCUAAUGAAGGAUCUCUUCCCCAAGAAUCACCGAUAAUGUUGGAAAAAAAUGAACUUAAUGUUUCUGUUGAGAGAGACCACUUUAUUUCAUAUGCAACAGAUGCUAAGGAAACAGAACUACAAGAGCCUGUUAAUGCUGGUAACCAGGGUUUGUCAGACAGCAAAGGAAUGUUAGGUGCAGAAUACUGUAGCUCUGUUUACAAGCUUCCUUUUACUGUUCAGCCCACUGAUGCCAUGUCUGACAGCGAAGUCUACAACAUGCAGCUUUCUGUAAUAGAAACACAAGGAGAGUUUCAGGAGUAUGCAGAUUCUGACGCAAGCACAUUAAUAAUGGAGAAGGCUAUCACAAAUUCAGCAGUAGACAAUGCUUUGAUUGAAUUUCCAAUUGCAGCACAAGUCUUUAUUACAUGUACUUCAGGUGAUACAGCACAGCCAUCUUUAACAGGUGUGAUAACAGAGCAGGAGAGUUCUGAACAGCUGCCUGAAAAAUUGCCAAGUAAAACACAAAAGAGUGUUCAUAGUGAGAAAAAAUGGGUUGAUAAAGUAGAAAGUCCCGAAGUGCCAAAUGCAGAAGAGAGAGCAUCAGAACACACAUGGAUAACUGCCGACACUGUAUCUGAGAUUUCUUUUGUGCAUCCUUCUGUGUCAUCUGAACAGGCAGUAACACAAAAACACUGUAAGAUGCGUAAUGAUGAGGAUCCUUCCAUGCAACAAGAAAUUACUUCUUCAGAACAAAGCUAUCCUAAUUCCUUGGAGUCUUUAGCAUUUGAGACGCAACUUGAUGAAAGUUUGAGCCAGCAAUUGUAUACUCCACAGUCAUCUGUAACAGGAGUGGAAGUACAGAGCUUUAAAACCAGUAGCCUCUCAGAGACAGAUUCUUUCAUGGAAGAAAAUAAAAUAGAUGCUAAAGCAACCCAAACUGUUCAGACGUUUCAUACACAGGAAGUGCAGUUUGAGACAUUGGCAUACUCUUUACAGCCUGAGUUAAAAGACUUGCCAAAUGAAGUAUCAGAGAGUACUGCAAACCUGUAUGAAAGCAAAGUUUUAGGGAAGACUAAGCUGAGCGAAAUAACAUUGAUUGGAGAGAAAAGUGAGGGAGAUAAAUUGCAAACUGGUGAUUCCUCUAGAAAAAUAGGUCUUUCCAAGCAGGAGGCACAGUCAGUUGCUAAGACAGAGGCUGAUACUCAGACAAUACUACUUGUUAAAGUACAUCCUGAAAUGGAAUGUCCAUCUGAUGAUGAUUCAUAUAGAGUCUCUGGAAAGGAAAUACGGAAAGAUGUCUUGGAGAGUGCUAGACAGCUGGCUGAGCAAUAUAAGAAAUCUGAAAGUAAAGCUGUUGUGCCAUGUGCAGAAAAACGCACAAAUGGAUUGCACAUUGUCGAUAAGGUCAGUAAUACAGGUCAUGCUUCUGAGAGUGGAACACUGGAUGCAGAUUUAAGUCCAAAAACUGAACUUGCAGAAUUAAAAUCUGACUCCAAAUCUCCUCAUGAAAAUUAUGCUGUGCAACCUGCUGCAAUAAAAACACAAAAGGGACUGCAAAGAUCUGAACUUCCUAAGAAGAACAUAGAUAAAUCUGUUACAAAGAAAACAGUAUCAUUAGGGCAUGUCGAAGAGUAUUUUGAGCAAAAUGUUGAAAAGGCACAAAAGAGUAAACUUCAUAAACUGAAGUCAGUACCAGAUGCAAAGACAGAGACUCCUAGCUUACAAAAUUCCACAGCACAACCUGAUGGUUUGUCAUCAGCUGAGGUCCGCAGUGUGCAGUGUUCUGUAAAAGUAACCCAGAAAGGAUCACAAACGUUUGAGCAGCUGCCUAAUGCAGUCUCCAAUGCUACCAAAUGCAGCAAUGGCACAUUACUUACAGAGCAAACACAGGCAGAGGGGUGUCAGAUUACAAAGGGCAGUGACAGAGGAAAUGUUGCAGGGUAUGAAAUGCCUAUAGCAGCAGCAGCCCAGCAGUCAACAAUCCCUUCAAUUGAGGCUUGCACUCAUCAGACAUCUGCAAAAGAAAAACUGAAAGGAACUCAGACCUCUGUCCAACUGCCUAAGAAAAACUUAAAGAAAGCAAAAACCAAAGAAACUGCAUCACUCCCAGAGGAAGCAAAGAAAGAUAGCUUGCCACUUAGUGAAAAGGCAGUUAAGAGGAUUCUGCCCAAAACCAUUCCGGCUGCAAAAUCUGAUUCACAAAAUCGUGAUCUCUCAUCUUCUUCACAACUAGCCACACAGUCAGUUGAAGUCCAUACAAUAAAGCCUUCUGUGAAAGAAACACAAAUGAGAUUACAGACCAAGGAAACUGCAUCACUUUCUGAAGAAACAAAAAAAGAUAGAUCACGACUUACUGAAAAAGUCAGUAAGAAGGUUCAUUCCAAACCCAUUUCAGCUGAAAAGGCUGCUUCACAGAUUUGUGAAUUCCCAUCUUCUGCAACACAGCUUGUCACACAGUCGGCCAAAGUCCAUACAUUAAAGCCUUUUGUAAAUGAAACACAGAUUGGAUCACAGGUUCUUGAACGGCUUUCUGAAAAUGUUUCCAGGAAAGUUCAGACUAAAGAUAUUUCAUCAGUGCCUGAACAUGCACAGUUAGAGGGACUGCAACAGAAUGAGCGUUUGAGUGAUGUAGCUAAUCGUAUUGAACAAUCAGAGCUCGAUCUGUUAGCAGACUCAGAAGCUAUGGUGCUUGCAAGUUACGCUGUACAGCUUGAUGUGAAACCAUCCAUGGAAGUCUGUUCUGCACAGUUGCUUGUAAAAGAUAAUCUAAAAGGAGCACUGCAGAACACUAAACAGUCAUCUAGAAGUAAACCUGCAGAGCAAAGUGCAGUGAGCGAAGUUACACCUCCUACUGACAAAACACAGAGAAGACAACAAGGUGCUGAAAAACAAACUACAGAAAGUAACCGCAGGCAUAGGGGAAUACCUGUUCCAAAGGCAAGUUUAAUAAGUCCAGAGUCUCAAGUUUCUGCAGUACAGUAUGGUGCACAGUGUUCUAGCGAUGCAAGUACAACACAACUGUCUGUGAGAGAGUCUCCUAAGACAAGACUGCCAAAGUCUGAUCAAGUGGGAAAAGACGUUAAACAAAUAAAAAUCAAGAAACCUUUGUCAGCUGUAAAACAAAAACAAGCAGAUGCAUUACAGAAUGCUACAAGACAAGGAGACAGUUCCACAAGUAAAGAAAUAAUCGAAAGAGAAAGGGACCCACAAAUGGAACGGCACCAAGUUAACACCAGGCUACCUAAUGCAACAUCCUCUCUUUCAUUUGAAGUGGAAGGUGUGCAGCAGUCACUAAAAGAAAUAACUGAUGAGUCUGUUAAAGAACACAGUCAGGCUGAGGGACUGCAAUUAUUUGAUGGCUCAGUGAAGCAGCACAAACUUCCUAAAAGAGAAGGUAAACCAACUGCUGUCCCAGUAGCCUCACAAACUGACCAGUACUCAUCUUCUGCAGGAACCUCCUCUGUGGUAUGUUGUGCUGAUUCAUUUGCAAAUGAAACACAUGUAGGAACAGAGCAAGUGCUUGUAAAGUCUCCACAGAAAGGACUGAAGAGCUCUGAAAAGUUGCUUAAGAAGCACGACUCCAAGGCAACAAAAAACAGUCAAGACACGUGUAUUACAGAUCCAGCACAAGCUGGAAAAAUGCAGAGUAUAAAUUAUGAAAGCGAGUUUUCCAAGGUGAAUGACAUUAGCGUUAGAAAUGUGCUUCUGCAAUCUCUGGAACCUUCUAUUCACACACAUGCUACAAAGAAAGAAAGUGUCACAGUACCAGUUUCUGUUACAGAAACAGCACUUAAUGAAUUGCAGUCUUCUGAAAACUUUGUUCAGGACAUUCCUACUUUCACUAAGAAAGUACUUGUUGGUCAUCCAGCUGAAUCUCUGCAAAGCUCUAUAGCAGAACUACAGGGAUGGCACAGUGACAGUGUCUCACAUCAAAAGAAAGAUGCAAGCAGAGAGAAAAAUAUGGAAUUGCCAGCUAUUUUAGCAGAUAACCAGAUCAAAGAGGUAAAAAGUACUGAUGCCUUAAGUCAAGGACUACUUCCAUUGGCGGAGUCCAUUGUAGUCACCGAAAAUGUACAGGAGCCUUGCGUUUUUGUUGUUCCAACCGACUCUGGUUCACUAAAUGAGGUUUGCAGUACGAAACUUCCACUAGUGCAAAGACAAGAGGGAGUGAAAGUUUUUGAGAGUGAUAGCCUUAUCAAAGGGUCUGCCAAAACUGAUGUAAAAAAAGACACUGGAACAUUAGAAUGGACGUCUUUCACAGCGCAUUGUGAUGCAGAAUUUCCAAGUGUAGAUGGUAUGGCUUCUCCUGCAGGAGGAAAAGAAAGACUAGAAAGAAUAGCACAUUGCAGCGGAAAGGUGUUCACUGAUGGAGGAGUGCAAAUAGCUACUGCUGAAGAACAUUUAACUGAUGAGUACUCAGCAUCUGUUGAUCCAGCUGGCACAACUUCCUCCAUGGAGGUUUUUGUGGGACAUCUUCCUGUAGUGGAAACUCAUGAAGUAGUAGCGUGUUUUGAAAGUUUGCCUGAAGAGAGAGACUUAAAGAAAAUCAAAAACAAGGAAAGAUCUGUUGUUGAACAAAAGCAAGAAAUCAUCAGAUCUGAUGAAUGUGUACUGAAUGGCAAAAGAGAAAAAAGUGUGCAUGUGUUCCAUGAGGAACCAUAUAAAGAAAAUUGUCAGGGAGGAAUAGAUCGUGGCAGUGGCAGGGAUAGGAGUGCAGCUGAAGUUCUGGAUGAUGAAAAAACAGCAUGCAAGGUGAAAAAAAAGAUGAUAGAAGAGAGUUAUGUGCUAGCUAAAUUAGACAGGCAACUUACUCAAGAACACAUUCCUUCAGCACCAGAGACAGAUAAUGUAAAUGAUGAUGAAGUAAUUUUGGACCACUUAAUUGUACAGCUUCACAAUGGUGGUAUUGUUGAUGAUCUUACUGGAAAGAAACUUCUCCUGAAGGAAACAUUAGGCAGUGGGAUUUUGCAUGACUACACAGCUGUUAGAGUGCUAGAAAAACUGGGAGCAUUCCAAGGAUUUUAUGACUCUCAGGUAUGUGAAUCAUUGAAGAUAAAUGAGGUGAUCGAGGAAGGUCUUAUGGAUGAAGAGUUGAUGCAGAAAAUACUGAAUGCAGAUAGAGUUGCAGCUGGUGUCCUAGAUCCAUUUAAUAACACAGUCUGUUCUAUCAAAGAAGCAGCUGAUGCAGGUGUUUUGGAUCCUGAAACUGCUGCCAGACUUUUAGAAAUUCAGGUUGCUACUGGUGGAAUUGCUGAUCUCAAGAGAAAUAAAAGAAUAUCAGUUACUUUAGCUUCAACACUUGGCCUUGUGGACUGUUCACACCAGAAAGAACUUAUUAGACUAGAGAAGGCUUCUAAAGGUAAGGUGACUGAUGAAGUCACAAAGCAGAAACUUGUCAGUUUGCAGAUUGAAACCACUGGAAUACUAGAUCCACAGACAAAACAGGCUUUGACUAUUCCUCAUUCUUUGGAAAGAGGUAUCAUAGAUAGAGACCAAGCUUUAACACUUUUGACCAAACAAGUGGCCAGUGGGGGAAUCCUUGAUCACAUGUCAGGAAUGAGACUUUCAGUAAAUGAUGCUCUGAGUCAUGGAUUAAUUGAUGAAAAUUUGGCAGCAGCACUGGUGGAAGUUGAAAAAACAGCUAAGUGCCAAUAUGUUCAUCCUGAGACCAAAGAACCAGUUAGUCUGUCUUGUGCGGUAUCACUGGGCUUAGUGAAUGCAAAUCUUGCUUCACAAGUACAGGAAGUUCAGGCCAUAAGUGGAGGUCUCACUGAUCCUAUCACUAGACAAAGACUAUCCCUAACUGAAGCUGUUAGGCGUGAUUUGCUGGAAAGGAAGAUUGCAAAUAAAGUAAUGGCUUCCUCAGAUGUUCAACAGGAAAUUAUAGAUCCAGAGUCCUGUGCUAUUGUUCCUUAUUCAGAAUUGAUGAAAAAAUGUGUAAUUGACAUAGAAUCAGGACAAAAGUAUUUAAAAAUCAAACCUUUUAUGGGAAUUAAAGACAGUGUGUCUGGUAAAGCAGUGAGCAUUCCACAAGCAGUGAAAACUGGAAAAGUAGAUACUCUUCCUGCCUUGAGAUUAUUAAAAGCCCAGCUCAACGCAGGAGGAAUUAUAGACGUUGCUGGAGGUGAGAGAGCGUCAACAGUAAUGGCUCUACAGAGAGGAUUACUUGAUGAAGAUAUAGCCAGAUUAAUCGUAUUAAAUGAACCACUGGCUGCUGGAGCCCUUAGUGUUGUCAGCCAAGGAAAAAUAUCUUUAAUCGAAGAUGCUAACGGUAUGACCGGGGCAUGCAUUCUUCCUCAGGAGCUUCAGAUGAUUCCAUCAGUUGACGAACCAUUACACAAAAUAAUUGUGGCUGAAAUGGAGCCAGAGGUCAGUGUGCAACCUGUGCUGCAAAAUGGCACUGUAAAACAGAAGAGAGUACGCUUCAGUGAGCCUGCUGUGUUGCCCGACUUGAGAGCAUCCCUUGCUAGGUCAGAUGUAAAGCAUUCUAAAAGAUCCACAGUUAAACAAGUUGUACGUGACAUUUCUGAAAAACCUUUGCCAGUAAAGUAUGAUCCACAUACACUUUUACAUGCCAAAUGUAGUACAGAAUCUCUGUCAGGAGAUAUUUCUCAAAUGCUUGAGCAGCCUAAAACCUAUCCUGAUAUUGCAGUUUUCAAGGAAGAAUUUAAAGUUAAGGAAUGUCAGAUUAAAGGCCAUGAGGAUGUAGUCAAAAGUGAUUCAGAAGCUCAUUGGGAAGAACCCAAGGAGAGAGAGACUGACUUACAGAAACGUGAACAAACAAUCCUUCAGAGAAUGCCUUCAAAGCAAGGAGCUCAGAAUAGGAGUUAUGAUGAUGUGCUUACUGAUCAGAGCAGGUAUAAAGAUGAUGCUGAGGAUUCGUUUCCAAAAGGAAAGGUUGGUGAAGAGUCAAGUAAUUGGUUUGAGCAUGCAAAAGAAAGUCAGAGUGAACAAGAGGUAAAUAAACUAUCCCAUACAGAGCCAUAUGCUGCUUUGAAGAAAACUAUUCCUAUUAGUCAGCAAGGGAAGGAUGUGCUUAUUAAGAAAGCCAAAGAGGCAAUAUGGAACAAAAUACAGGAAAAGAAGGUAGAUAAAAAGCAGAAUGACCAUUUAGUUUUAUCCAGUGAAAGGAAGAUAGUGAUACAGAGUACAGAUUCAAAACCAGUGCAAGAACUUGAAGGCUCUUUAACUUCAGGAGGGGUGUGUAGUGAUUUUGAAGUUAACGAAACAGCAGAGGGCAGUGUGAGUGAUGUAGAGAGAAAUGCAGAGUUGCUGAAACAAGCAAAUGAGGCCAAAAGACUUCCUAAAGAAGAGUCUGUCCUGCCCACUUCUCAUACCAGCAUUAGUUCAGCAACUACAGUUUCUGAAAGUGGAGAGGUAGAUGCAGUGUAUGUGGAACAGAAGCAGGAGCAACAGAAAGCAUCUAACAGAUCCAGUGUGGGGGUCAAGCAUGAUGCUACCUUACAGAAAAUAGUAAUAGAAGAGAGCAGUGAUGCAACAGAGAGUCAACAAGAACCAGAUCAACAAGGAUAUCAGAAAGAGAGUACUCAAGACGCAAGCAGUGAAUCAAAAAUGCGACUUAAGCCUGUGUACAUUAAGCAAAAGUGCCUGGAACAUGAUGAGAAGCUGGUGUCAUACCUUUCCCAGAUUCUUGAUAUUGAAGUAAGGCUGAAAAAAGUCAAACUGGAAAGUGGUCACCUGGCUGCGCUUCAAGAACACUUGAGUCAUGUAGAGGCACUGGACUCGGAACUGCACAAACUGUCAAGUCCUGUGUCCCAAGAGCUAGAGGCAGUGUCCCAAAUUCUGGCGAGUGAGCUUCCACAUGUUCCUAAGCAGCUACUAACCGCUGUGGAGAAAGAUGCUAGAAGCCUUCAGAAGUCCUACAGCUCUGUAUGUGAAGUUUCUAGAUCACAGUUACAGGCCCUGAAAAGCACAAUUGAUUCAGAGAAGGCCAAAGUCAUGAGUGAACAUGAAGGGCUGCACGGAAGACUUAAGACACUGUUGGACUGGGUCUCUGACACAACAAAGUCCCUGGAUGAAACUCAGUUUAGUAUCACAGAUGACACCAGGACACUGAAGCAAUGUGUGCAGCAGUACAAGGAAAUGAAGCAGUCAGUCUCUGACAGCAAGUCCAAGAUUGACGCUCUAGCUUUUGAUGUUCAGUUUUUUAUCUCAGAGAAAGCCCAAAAUCUCACUCCUCAACAGAGCAGACAGCUAUUGAGGCUGCUGAAUGAAGUUCAAGUUUCCUUCCGAAGUCUUUCUGAAAAGAUGGCUGCACAGACAGAAGUUCUACAAGUCCAGCUUGUGGAGAGGGAGAAGACAGACAUUAGGAAGGUCGUACAAGAGCAGCAGGCAGAAUGCAGUCGCAAACUGGAUGAGCUGACGUCAUGGAUGGCACAGGUGGAGAGCUCAGUGAAUAGCCAGCAAGUAUUGCUUCAUGAUGGGGAGUUGUCCACCCUACAGCAGAGCCAGAAUGAUGUCCAGAAUCUUCAGAAGGAGCUUCAGGCACGGGCAGCAAAUGUUUCAGAUGUAAUUAAAGCUACUGAGGAAUUUUUAGAGGAGAACCGUGGGAAGCUGACUCCUGAUGAGCUGACGAGAGUGCAGGAUCAGCUGCAGAAGGCAAAAGAGAAGCAACGUACACUGCUGAAGAGUGCUGAGACAAUGCAGAAACAGCUAGACAGUGCUGUCAGUGCAGCCGUGCAGAAAGAGGAAGCAAAGGCUAAGGCAUCGGAAGGACUUUUGGAGAACCAGAGUAAGAUUAACAAUCUGUUAGGAUGGGUAAGCAGUAUGGCUCACAUGGAACCAACAAAGCUGGGAAAUGCAAUAAAAGCAGACUCUGUUUCCGGACUUCAAGCUGUGGAUGGUACCAUGCACCAGCUCUCAGCCAGCCAUGAUGAGGCAGUAAACAGCAGUUCUGAAAUGGGAGGAAACCUGACAGAGCAGUAUGAGAAACUUAAGGUGCUACAAGGAGAACUUGCCGAACACCAGGUUCAAGUGGACAAGUUGAAGAAGGCAGCCUCUACCCUGCUGGAUCUAAAGGGAGAUCCUUCUUUGAAUCAAGAAAACAUUCAGCAGUCUGCAGAUUCCAUCACAGAGCGCUAUGACCAUUUAUGUCAACAGCUGUUUGAGAGGUGUGAGAAGCUGCAGUUGUCUGUGGCUCAGUCUCAGAGUGUGCAAGAGGGGCUAGAAAGUCUACUAAACUGGGUCGAAGGAGUGGAGAAGAAUCUUGAAGGACAAAGGAGUGUGCCAGCCUUGUCAUCCGCCAUUCAGGAUGCCAUUGCAGAUGUUGCGAAAGUGAAGCAGGACCUUGCAAGUCACAAUGGGAGUGUGGAUGCCACUCGAGAAAUGGUGUGCCAGUUUCUGGAGAAAACUGAUAAAAGCACAGCUGCCACAUUACAGGACAAACUGUCUGAGCUGAAUGAUAGAGUGAGUGCCGUCUGCACGCAACAGAGGGAGAAAGAGGAGGUGCUGAAGGGUAUUCUUCCAAAGGUUGAACUAUAUGAGGAACUAAGCAGGGAGAUGCAGAAUUUUACUGACUGCAAAAGCAAGGUUCUGGCAGCUGGAAAUCAGCCAGAUAAGGAUAUCACUCAGUUCUCCCAGCAGAUUAAGGAACUGAAUUCUGAAAUGUGUCGACAGCAAGUGAACAUGCAAACGCUGCAACAUGUGACAAAUGAGAUAGGGGAAUGUAACCUCUUGGCCAAUGCAUCCCAUCUGCAGGAAGCAGUACAGAAGUUGUCUGAAACAUUUAAUAAGCUGCAGGAGACAGUGAAAGAAAGAGAAAAGGAAACCUUCUCAUGUCAGCAGCAGCUCUCUGAUUUCAGAGGGCUAGUGGACGUAAUCAGGAAGUGGCUGAUGGAGAGUGAAGCAGCUGUCCCCUCAGCAGAAACAUCUGUGAACCGUGAGGAACUGAUGCAAAGAAAGCAGCUUGUCAAGACUUUGCUUACAGACUGGACUGCAAAAGGAUUACAGAUUGAAGAAGUAAACAAGAAGGGUAAUGAACUGGAGACACUGAUUAUCGAAGUAACAUCACCAGACAUGCAGACCAAGAGUGGUUUUGUGCUGUCCAGUGCUGUGGGAAUGCCUGCUGCUAGCACAAAUGGAUACCACACCUGUAAAGAUCUAACAGAAAUCCAGUGCAAUGUGUCUGAUGUGAAUCAAGGUUAUGAGAACCUGGGUGCACUGCUAAAGGACCGUGAGAAGCAGCUAGGGACAGUGAUAGACCAGAUGUGCAAGGUGGAAGAAGAGGCCAGUUUGAUUCUGAAGUGGCUGGAACAAAAGGAGCAGACCCUGUCCGCACUCAAUGCUUCGCCCUCCAAAACAGAAGCUGUGAAGGUCCAAGUGGAUCAAAACAAGGCUUUAAUUUCUGAUCUGGAACAGAAUGCUGAAAAAGUACAGAAGCUGAAGGAAACACUGCAUAGUCUCUUGCAAAACCAUCCUGAUUCACCAGAAGCGGAGAAAUGGAAGACAAUGCUGGAAGAGAUUGGCAGUAAGUGGACCUAUGCAAAUCAAGUCACAGCAGAGCGUCAACAGAAGCUGGAAAAGUCAGUUGGUCACCUCACAACUUUCCAAACUGCAGAGGCACAGCUUAACCCUUGGUUGACUGAGAAGGAGCUGAUGAUGAGUGUUUUGGGACCUCUGUCGAUUGAUCCCAACAUGCUAAAUGCACAAAAGCAGCAAGUACAGUUUAUGUUGAAGGAGUUUGAAACUCGUAGGCCGCAGUAUGAACAGCUGAACCAGUCUGCAGAAGGAAUAUUGUCCAGUCCAGAGGACAUCUCCCACUCUUGUUCACAAAUACAAGAUCAGUUGACUGCAGUCAAUGAUAAGUGGAAUCAACUGACAGGACGCCUUAGCACCCGCUCUGAGCAGAUUGACCAAGCGAUUGUUAAGAGCACUGAGUACCAGGACCUUCUGCAGCUACUUUCUGAAAGAGUGAAGGCAAUUGGGCAAAGACUUAGCAGUCAGGGUCCUAUCAGCACACAGCCAGAUGCAGUGAAACAACAGCUAGAAGAGACUAGUGAGAUACGAUCUGACUUAGAACAGCAGCAGAAAGAUGUCGAGGCCUGCCAAAUACUAUGUGAGGAGCUUUCUGCCUUGGUUGGAGAACAGUAUUUGAAAGAUGAGUUAAAAAAACGCCUGGAAGCAAUUGUACUUCCCCUACGAUCUUUGGAAGAUGCUGCUGGAGAACGUGUGAAUCAGCUUCAGACAGCCCUUGCCAGUUCUCAACAGUUCCAGCAAAUGUUUGAUGAGCUAAGAAGUUGGUUGGAUACCAAGCGUAGUCAACAGUCCCAGAGCUCACCCAUUUCUGCCAUAUGUGAAAACCUGCAGACCCAAAUACUUGAACAGGAAGAGUUUCAGAAAAGCUUGAAUCAGCAUGCUGGUUCCUAUGAGAUGAUUGUUUCUGAGGGUGAAUCACUGCUGCUUUCUGUGCAGCCAGGCGAGGAAAAAACAGCAUUGCAGAGUCAGUUAACAACCCUCAAGGCCCACUGGGAUGAGCUGGGUAAGCAGGCAGGGGAUAGGUACUCUAAGAUAAAGGACUGCAUGCAGAAGGCUCAGAAAUACAGGCAUCAUGUUGAAGACCUGCUGCCAUGGAUUGAAAAUUGUGAAGCAAGGGUGGAGAACCUUGAAGUCACAAUGGAGCCAUCACAGUUGGAAACAUCACUUCUAAGUGCAAAAUCACUUCAGUAUGAAGUGGAGAAGCAUCGUUCUUUGUUAGAGAUGCUCAAUAGUGCAGCAGACAUUUUGUUAGAUGCAUGCCAAGCAGAUGAAGAUGAAGUACGUGAUGAGAAGGCUGGCAUUAACCAAAGAAUGGACAUUGUCACUGAACAAGUUCAAGGCAAGACCAGUUCCAUUGAAGAACUAGGUCAGCGGCUGAAAGAGUUCCAGGAAAAUCUAAGGAACAUUGAAAAAAAAUUGGAAGGUGCCAAACAGCAGCUUGAAAUUUACGAUGCUUUAGGGCCUCAGGCUUGUAGCAAUAAGAACUUGGAAAGACUGAAAACUCAGCAGGAAACUCUACAAGCUCUCCAACCUCAGGUAGACUAUUUAAAGAAUUUAACUCAGGGUUUAGUAGAGGAUGCACCUGCUGGGUCAGAUGCUUCCCAUUUGCUUAACCAAGCUGAGGUUAUCCAACAGGAAUACAGUAAUGUUAAACAUCAGGUGAAUGAAUGCUGCCAAUCAAUGGAGAACAAACUGCAGGGCAUUGGCCAGUUCCACAGCCAUGUGAGGGAGAUGUUUUCCCAGCUAGCAGAUUUGGAUGAUGAGUUGGAUUGCAUGAGUCCUAUUGGGAGGGAUAUAGAUAGCCUUCAGUCUCAGAUUGAGGAUAUAAGACGACUCAUGGGAAAGCUCCUUGUGCUAAGGACUGACAUUGAAUCUUCUGAAAAAGAGUGCAGACAGAUGCUAGAGACAGAAGGCAGCCCUGACCUUCUGAGUCUUAAGCGGGAAUUGGAGGCUCUGAACAAGCAGUGCAGCAAGCUGACAGAGAGAGGCAGAAACCGGCAAGAGCAACUGGAAACCACUUUGACUCGAGUGAAAGAGUUUUAUGACAGGCUGAAGGAGGUCAACCAGCUUAUGAAUGCAGCUGAAGAAGGAGAAACUUUGCAAGGAGUUGUGGGAACUGAAGUUGAUAUCAUUAACCAGCAGCUGGCCAGUUUCAAGUCCUAUCAGAAAGAACGGGUAGAUCCCAUCCAGAUAAAACUUCAGCAGGUGAAUGGGCUGGGACAGGGCCUAAUUCAGAGUGCAGGGAAGAAUGCUGACAUACAAGGACUAGAGCAUGAUCUUGAAGACAGCAAUGUGAGGUGGAACACACUGAAUAAGAAGGUUGCAGAGAGAAUAACCCAGCUGCAAGAAGCACUGUUGCACUGUGGGAAGUUCCAGGAUGCUUUGGAGCCACUGCUUAGCUGGUUGACAGAUACUGAGGAUCUCAUCAGUAAUCAAAAAGCUCCAUCUGCAGAGUACAAGGUGGUGAAAGCACAAAUACAAGAACAAAAGCUUCUUCAGCGACUGCUGGAUGACCGAAAGGCUACAGUUGAGAUCAUUAAAGCAGAAGGGGAGAGAAUAGCGCACACUGCAGAACCGGCAGAUAAGGAGAAAAUCAACAAGCAGUUGCUGAGCCUCACUGAACGCUGGGAUGCACUUCUUGGCAAAGCAGCUGCCAGGCAGAAACAGUUGGAGGACAUUCUGGUUUUGGCUAAGGAGUUCCAUGAAACCAUGGAACCACUUGCUGACUGGCUAAUUGGCACUGAGAAAAAGCUAGCCAACUCUGAACCUGUAGGUACCCAGACUGCCAAGAUACAGCAGCAAAUUACACGUCAUAAGGCUUUAGAAGAAGAUAUAGCUAGCCAUGCUCCAUUGACAGACCAGGUUGCCCAUAUUGGGCAGGCCUUACUGUCUCUUACCUCUGCAGUUGACCAAAGGAUGCUUGCAGAUAAAUUACACUCUGUCCAGGCUCAGUAUAGUGAGGUAAAAGACUGGUGCCGCCGUAAAGCGGCUUUACUCGAGCAGGCAUUGUCCAAUGCAAGAAUCUUUGGGGAAGAAGAGGUGGAAGCACUCAACUGGCUUGCAGAGGUUCAGGAUAAACUCAGCAGAGUGUUCGUUCGAGAUUACAAAUGCGAGGUGUUACAGAAGCAGCAUGCAGAGCAACUGGCCCUUAAUGAAGAAAUAUUGAGUAGAAAAAAGAACAUGGAACAGGCUGUUAAGAAUGGACAGGCUCUUCUCAAACAGACAACAGGUGAGGAAGUGUUAAUUAUUCAGGAGAAGCUGGACAGCAUUAAGACACGACAUGCAGAGAUAACUGCUACAAGUUCUAAAGCCUUGAAGACAUUGGAGCAGGCUCUGCAGCUAGCAACCAAGUUUCAGUCUACACAUGAGGAGCUGUCUGGUUGGUUGGACACAGUUGAGGAGGAGUUAUCAUCCAGCGAGAGACUAUCUCCAGUUGGAGAGCAGAUACCACAGUUCCAGCAGAGGCAGAAGGAGUUGAAAAAUGAGGUGAUGGAGCACCGUCUGGUUUUGGACACCAUCAAUGAAGUCAGCACUGCUCUGCUGGAGCUGGUACCAUGGAGAGCUCGUGAAGGACUAGAUAGGCUGGUUUCAGAAGCCAAUACCAGGUACAAAUCAGUCAGUGAUAUUGUGGCGCAGAGAGUGGAACAGAUUGAUGCAGCUAUACAAAGAUCACAACAGUACGAGCAGGCCACAGAUGCUGAGUUAGCCUGGGUUGUUGAAACCAAACGGAAACUGAUGGCAUUGGGUCCAAUUCGAUUGGAGCAGGACCAGACCACAGCACAACUGCAGGUCCAAAAGGCCUUUUCUAUUGACAUAAUCCGUCAUAAAGAUUCCAUUGAUGAACUAGUCAAAACAGAGGAUGAAAUUUUGGGUGCAUGUGGAGAAGAACAGAAGACUAUCCUUCAGGAGAAAACUGCAUCCUUACUGCAGAAGUAUGAGGAAGUCAGUCUACAAAACUCUGAGCGCUAUGCACUGUUAGAGCGGGCACAGGUACUGGUUAACCAGUUCUGGGAGACCCAUGAAGAGCUGAGCCCAUGGUUGGAUGAGAUAUUGUCAUUUAUCACCCGGCUACCACCUCCUGCUAUUGAUCCGGAGAUACUGAAGCAGCAGCAAGAUGAGAUGAGGCAAUUGCGAGAAGAGGUAGCCGAACACAAGCCCCACAUCGACAAACUUUUGAAGAUUGGGCCACAGCUGAGUGAUCUUAACCCAGAAGAAGCAGAACUUGUGUCAUCUAAGUAUUCCACAGCAGAGGCCCUUUAUGCCAGAAUCAAGGACAAGGUGCGACAGCGGGCUAUGGCACUGGACGAGGCUGUUGCUCAGUCAACUCAGAACUCAGAGUUCCAUGACAAGAUUGAGCCUAUGCUGGAAGCAUUAGAACAUCUUGCUGAUCGCUUGCGUUCACCACCUUCCAUUCCUGCUGAGAUGGACAAGAUUCGAGAGCAAAUCAGUGAGAAUAAGAACAUUGGAAUGGAACUAGAAAAGCUGCAGCCAUCAUUUGAGGCUCUAAAACAUCGCGGGGAAGAGCUGAUUAGUCGUUCACAAGGUGUGGACAAGGAUCCAUCAGCAAAAGCUAUACAAGAGAGGGUUGACCAGAUGGUAUUUUUCUGGGAUGAGAUCAAAGUUCGGGCAGAAGAGAGAGAGACAAAACUCCUGGAUGUUUUGGAGCUGGCUGAAAAAUUCUGGUAUGACAUGACUGCCCUUCUGAGUACAAUUCGCGAUACGCAGGAGAUAGUCAGGGACUUGGAGGAACCAGGCAUUGAUCCAUCCAUUAUUAAGCAACAGAUGGAGGCAGCAGAGGCUAUUAAGGAGGAAACAGAUGGCCUUCACGAAGAACUGGAAUUUGUGAGGAUCUUGGGAACUGACCUUAUCUUUGCUUGUGGUGAAACAGAAAAGCCAGAAGUGAAGAAAAGCAUUGAUGAGAUGAAUAAUGCCUGGGAAAACUUGAACAAGAGUUGGAAAGAAAGGAUGGACAAACUUCAGGAUGCUAUGCUGGCAGCUGUGCUUUAUCAGGAUGCCCUUCAGGGCAUGUUUGACUGGUUGGAUAAUGCAGUUAUCAGACUGUGUGACCUCUCUCCUGUUGGCACAGACAUUGAAACAGUUAAGCAGCAGAUCAACGAAAUGAAGGAAUUUAAGAUGGAUAUCUACCAACAGCAGGUUGAGAUGGAAAAGCUGAACCACCAGGGUGACUUAAUGUUGAAGAAGGCGUCUGAUGAUACAGACAGAGACAUUAUCCAAGAGCCACUGACAGAGUUAAAACAUCUCUGGGAAAACCUUGAUGAAAAAAUCACCCAAAGACAGCACAAGUUAGAAGCUGCGCUUUUGGCCCUUGGGCAGUUUACUCAUGCACUAGCAGAGUUGAUGGCCUGGAUAACACACACUGAAGAAUUGCUGGAUGCUCAGAGACCUAUCAGCAGUGAUCCCAAGUUCAUUGAGAUUGAACUAGCCAAGCAUCAUGUACUCAAAAACGAUGUACUGGCACACCAAGUCACCGUACAAACAGUAAACAAAGCUGGCAAUGAACUGCUAGAGUCAAGUGCUGGGGAUGAUGCCAGCAACUUGCAGCAAUGUCUGGACAAGUUAAAGCACUGUUGGGAGUCUGUGUUACAGAAAACAGAAGAGCGGGAGCAGCAGUUGGAGUCUGCUUUGCAAAUGGCCCAGGGCUUCCAUGGAGACGUGGAGGAUUUCUUCCAGUGGUUAAGUAAGAUGGAGACCCAGUUGUCAGUCUCUAAACCUAUGGGUGGACUUCCAGAGACAGCACGUGAACAGCUCAAUAGCCAUAUGGAAAUUUAUAAUGAGUUCAAGUCCAAAGAAGAGACAUAUCGACAACUGUUAGAUAAGGGUCGAUUGAUGUUACUGAGUCGGGAGGAUGCUUCUGGGUCCAACACUGAACAGAGCCUUGCACUGCUAGAACAGAAGUGGCAGUCUGUCAGCACAAAAAUGGAAGAAAGAAAGUCAAAGCUAGAAGAUGUCCUUAACCUGGCAACAGAAUUUCAGAAUUCUCUGCAAGAUUUUAUCAACUGGCUGACACAGGCUGAACAGACCCUAAAUAUGGCACCACCUCCCAGCCUCAUUCUGGAUACAGUAUUGUCUCAAGUAGAAGAACACAAGGCAUUUUUAAAUGAAGUGAACUCCCACCGUGAGCACAUUAUGGAGCUAGAUAAAACGGGUAACCAACUUAAGUUCUUAAGCCAAAAGCAGGAUGUGGUACUGAUCAAAAAUUUACUCAUCAGCAUGAAGUCACGCUGGGAUAAGGUGGUACAGCGUUCAUUUGAAAGAGGAAAGGCCUUAGAUGAUGCCAGGAAACGUGCAAAGCAGUUCUGUGAUGCAUGGAGGAAGUUAGUAGACUGGUUGGAAGAAGCAGAAAGUCAUUUGGAUUCUGACCUUGACAUUUCUAAUGAACCUGAUAAGAUUAAACUUCAGCUUUCCAAGCAUAAGGAAUUCCAGAAGACCCUGGGUGUAAAGCAGCCAGUUUAUGACACCACUAUUAGGACUGGAAGAUCUAUGAAGGAGAAGGCAGCCCUUUCAGAUGACGUCCCAAAACUUGAAAAUGUAUUGGGAGAAGUGAGGGACAAGUGGGAUACUGUAUGUGGCAAGUCCAUUGAGAGGCAGAACAAGUUAGAAGAAGCACUUCUUUUUUCUGGACAGUUUACAGAUGCCCUUCAAGCCCUGGUGGAUUGGCUGUACAAGGUAGAACCACAGCUUGCUGAAGAUCAGCCUGUACAUGGAGAUCUGGACCUGGUGAUGAAUCUUAUGGAUGCACACAAGGUCUUUCAGAAGGAGUUAGGGAAGCGAACUGGCAGUGUUCAGGCACUUAAACGUUCUGCCCGUGAACUCCUUGAGAACAGUCGUGAUGAUACAACGUGGGUGAAAGUACAGCUCCAGGAGCUCAGCACUCGCUGGGACACAGUUUGUAAACUCUCUCUCUCAAAGCAGAGCAGGCUGGAGCAAGCACUGAAGCAGGCAGAAGAGUUCCGCACAGCAGUGCAGAUCUUAUUGGAAUGGCUGUCAGAAGCUGAGCAGACACUUCGUUUUCGUGGAGCCUUACCCGAUGACCCUGAAGCCCUGCAGUCACUUAUAGAUGUACACAAGGAGUUCAUGAAGAAAGUGGAAGAAAAGCGAGUUGACGUGAACCGGGCUGCUGGAAUGGGUGAGGCUAUCCUUGCUGUGUGCCAUCCUGACUGUAUUACGACGGUCAAACACUGGAUCACCAUCAUACGUGCCAGGUUUGAGGAGGUGUUAACUUGGGCAAGGCAGCACCAGCAAAGAUUGGAGUUGGCACUGGCUGAACUAAUCAGUAAUGCUAAUCUUCUUGAUGACUUGCUGUCUUGGUUACAGUGGGCAGAGACAACAUUGAUUCAGCAAGAUCAGGAGCCCAUCCCACAAGCUAUAGAGCAAGUGAAAGAUCUCAUUUCACAGCACCAGUCAUUUAUGGAAGAAAUGACAAGGAAACAGCCUGAUGUAGAUAAACUUACAAAGACCUACAAGCGAAAGUCAUCGGAAUCGACUCAUGCAACAUACAUGGAUAAAACACGGAACAGAAAGAGUCUAAACCAGAAUGUCCCUCCUACAGUUCCUCUCCUUUCUCAACCAGAAACGAAGAAUCCUAGAAUUAACCAGCUGUCAGGACGAUGGCAGCAGGUGUGGCUAUUAGCUCUAGAACGACAACGCAAGCUCAAUGAUGCCCUUGAUCGGCUAGAGGAGCUCAAGGAGUUUGCCAACUUUGACUUUGAUGUUUGGAGGAAGAAGUACAUGCGUUGGAUGAACCACAAGAAGUCACGGGUCAUGGACUUCUUUAGGCGCAUCGAUAAAGACCAAGAUGGCAAGAUCACGCGGCAAGAGUUUAUUGAUGGAAUCCUAGCUUCCAAAUUCCCCACCACUAAAUUGGAGAUGACAGCUGUAGCAGAUAUCUUUGACCGCGAUUGUGAUGGGUAUAUUGACUAUUAUGAAUUUGUAGCAGCACUUCACCCAAACAAGGAUGCUUACAGACCCACAACUGAUGCAGACAAAAUAGAAGAUGAGGUGACAAGGCAAGUGGCUCAGUGUAAGUGUGCAAAACGUUUCCAAGUGGAGCAGAUUGGGGAGAACAAGUACAGGUUCUUCCUGGGCAAUCAGUUUGGUGACUCGCAGCAGUUGCGGCUGGUCCGUAUUCUGCGCAGCACUGUGAUGGUCCGCGUUGGAGGAGGCUGGAUGGCGCUGGAUGAAUUUUUGGUGAAGAAUGAUCCUUGCAGAGUUCAUCAUCCAGGAAGUAAAAUUGCACGUUCUGAUUCGAGCACUUCGAUCUCUAGUCCUUCUCUGAUAGCUCGUGGGCGAACCAACCUGGAGCUUCGGGAGAAGUUCAUUUUGCCAGAAGGUAUGUCUCAGGGCAUGGCUCCUUUCCGAUCUCGAGGUCGAAGGUCAAAGCCAUCUUCAAGGACUGCAUCACCAACUCGAUCUAGCUCCAGUACGAGUCACAGUAACCACAGCUGUGCCUCCAUGCCAUCCUCUCCUGCCACUCCUGCUAGUGGAACCAAGACUCCUCAACAGUUCACACGUUUUUAUGACAAACCCUGGCUGACAAGCAAUAAAACCUCCACUCCUGUUAAAGCUAUGGACCAGUGCCAUUGUGAGACAACUCCAAACCAAGGCAGCAAGCUUAAACGACCAGCUUUUCACUCCAGCAAGGGUUCUUUGACAGGAGAAACAAGCACCUUCUCUUCACCUCCAAGCACAAGUGCCAAACCAAGUCGAACUGACCCUAAAAAGACAACAAGUCGCCCUACUAGUCAAGCAGGAAGUCGAACUGGUAGCCGAACCAGCAGCAGGCGAGGAAGUGAUGCAUCUGAUUUUGAUCAUUUAGAGACACAGUCUGCUUGUUCAGAUUUGUCAGAAACCAGUACUCCAGGCACCCAGGCAGGUUCAAGGCGGGGUUCUGCAAAGCCGUCCAAAAUCCCCACCAUUUCCAAGAAAGUGUCUGCCAGCCCUAAAACACCAACCACUAAAAGAUAAUAUACAAAGAUGAGGAAGAACUGCUAAUACUCCAAACGGCUUCUUAUCACAGUGGGAUGUAUAUUUAUUCCUUUAAGAAACAGAUAUAUUAUUGAAUCAGUGUAAAACAGUAACUGUGCUAUGAAGCUGCCUUACAUGUGGGGGUUUAUUUUGUAAGUUACUAUUUUUCUUGUGAAUAUUUAUGUAGAUAAACUUUCCAUUACUGUGUGCCCCUGUGCCGGAUGGGGAACAAGCAAAGAAAUUUUCAUGACUGCGUGAAAAAGCAGGCAGAUGACUGUAAAUGAAAUUGUAUGCUUUGUGCAGGGUAAAAACUACUGCUGUUUUUCUUUAGGAUUAUAUCCUAAAUGCAUCUUUGUAAACUUGACUUGCUGUAAGCAAGACAUUUUUUAAGCAAUUACUACAGUGUUUAAGGAAGUUGUAUAAAAUUAUGGGAAUACCUCAAAAAUUGAAAACCUAAGGCAGACUGGGAAAAGUUCUGUAUAGUUUUUUUUUUUUUUUUUUUUUUUUUUUUAACAAGUUAUGUUUGCCAGAGGAAGGUGAAUUUAUCAUGGUUUAAAAACAAAAUUCAAAUGCUGAAUACCAUUAACUUAUGAAAAUAUUUCAGAACAUGUGUAUGGGACAAUGAAAAAGUAAAGGACAAAUUGAAUUUGUGGGUAUUGCGGGUAGGGAUCUUUAUUAAUGUUCUCAUUUGAAAUGUGUUUUAUAAAAUGAGAAUGCAAGCUGCCCUGUACUGUGGAAUUUUAUUUAUUGUUUUAAGUGCCAGUCUUCAUUUAUAGGACAUAAUGGCAUCUCUUGGACUCUAGCUGUACUGCCUGGUCAGUGUAUCAUACAGAAAUGGCACCGUGCUGCUUUGUACUGGUGCUUACCUGCACAUUUCAGCUGCCGUUCCCAUACUGUUGGUGCUGUAGCUUCAUCACCAUGAUUCAGCUUUCAUUUUUACUCUGAGCCUUUGACGACAUCAUCAGGAGUUCCCUUUGCUGUUCCUUUCCUGCACUGUACCAUGAAGAGUGCUCAGUGGAAAACAGAAGUUAGAGUUACUGCCGUUCUUCUUUUAACACUUGUUCGAAGAUAUAUAUAUUUUGGGGGGGGGUAUUUAUGACUACAUAACUGCGUCAUUUGAGCACAACAAAAGUGACUGUCCUGCAGUGGAACAAAUUGUUAACGGCACCUUUGCAUUCUUUUUACUUGUUCUUUCAGUGGCCUCACCAGCACACUUGCUGUAUAGAAGAUUCUUACACUUUUUAUGCUGCUUUGUGAUCAAAUGAAACCCCCAGUAAACUGACAGCUUGCCCCUAAUGCAGGGGGGGGGCAAGCAUUUGGGCUCCCAGCAUAGCCAUAUUUAUAUUAGAAUGUGUUAAUAUCAAGAUCUGACCAAUUUGCUGUGUGGUUCUCUCGAUUUGUUAAAAUGGGGAGGAAACUGAAAAUGUACCAAUGAAUUCUGAGGACUUUUUUGUAUUAAAAUUGCUUGCAGUAACAAUGAAAA